AUCAAGCGAACAGGCCCUGAGUUGUCCCGCCAGGAGUCCAGAUACUCUCAGUCCCGCUGUGAGCGUAGAAAGGCACGUUACGGAAUACAGUUUACCUAGUCUCUCCGGCCGUGUUUGACUAAGUUCCUUUUUCUCAUUUGAUAUCGUGUUCUAUCGCGUCGGAUAUUUCUGUUUUUAAUUUUUUCCUUCGUCAUACGAUUCAUAACAGACUUUGGUGAAAUUGAAACUGAUCAUCGUAUAUAUAUAUAUAUAAGACGUGUAGUUUUAAUAAAUAGUUUUUAUUUUUGUGACACUGUGAGAAAGAUAAAACAAAAGUAAAUAUCCAAGGGGGACAAACGUAAAAUAAGCGUGCAAAAGUGUGGUUUUUUUUUGUUUCGAUCUUCCCCCGGGGAGAUUAGAAUUGAUAUAAAUGAAAAUAAAAUGGAAGAAAUAUAUCGCCAUAAAAUUCCGACGAUUGAAUCGAGAAUAUUUCGAUAAUAUAUAAUAUAGUAGUGCCGCAUCAAAUUAUUCAUCUAAUUGUUCUUCUUCAGAAGGACGCGUUGAUUUCUGUAUAAACAGAUAUUAUUAUUAUUAUUAUUAGAGAUCGGACGUUAAUCGAUAAAUAGAAACUCGAUUUGAAAUAAUAAACUGAUAUGAUAAGCCGGCGGGCUUGAAACGCAUUGAACCGGUAAAGUUACAUAAGUGUAAGUUCCAUGAUGAUGAAUACUUUUCUCGAUGGCGUAUCCUCGCAUUCUCACCACCUAGCGAGCAUGGGGAUCAAAUUGUCGCCAAGCGGAGGCGAUGGCAGCAUCGGGGGUGGUGGUUCGACGGGUGACGGCAGUGCAGGUGGUGUCCAACCGACGGUCGGCGAAGCACCGUCUCAACAACAUCACCAUUUCCAUCCUCAGGGUUAUCCUCCCCAUCAUCCCCAUCCGGCUCCUCACAUGGCACCUCAUAUGGGCCACCACAUGGGCCAUCACGCUACUUACGCUGCUCGUGAUUUUUUGCUACGCCGAGAACACGAGUUCAAUGCGACGGCUAACCCGACUACUCCCGAAAGUGGUCUAGGUAUAUUCACUCCGCUCCAUCACGAUGGCACAGCAGCUGCCACAAUGCAACAAUUUCCUCAUCACCCGAGUCAACAUCCCUUAGCAGCAGGACAUUAUCCUGGACAUUAUCCUCAAGAUUCCCGGCUACCCACUCACCAUCAAUAUUUAGGUGCACCGCAUUUAACACCGGCGUCUAUACACCAUCAACAGCAUCCCACUGUUACUCAUCCAACACAUCAUCCCCAUGGUGCUUUCUUUAGAUACAUGAGGAACAACGGUACAGGUCCUGGGAGUGGCCCAGCUCCCGGUGUAAUACAAACCGGUGGACAACACCAUGAAUUAUCUUGCAUGUGGGUCGAUCAGGAAUCAUCUAAUACGGGAAGAAGAAUUUGCCGUAAAGUUUUUGCCAAUUUAUCCGAUAUAGUCACGCAUUUAGCAAUUGAUCAUGUGGGAGGACCAGAAGUUACAACGCACGCGUGCUAUUGGCAAGGAUGUGCUCGCAACGGCAGGGCAUUCAAAGCAAAGUACAAGCUCGUCAAUCAUAUAAGAGUACAUACUGGAGAAAAACCCUUUCCUUGUCCUUUCCCAUCGUGCGGGAAAGUCUUCGCAAGGUCGGAAAAUCUUAAGAUACACAAGAGAACUCAUACAGGCGAGAAACCGUUCAAAUGCGAAUAUACCGGAUGCGAAAGGAGAUUCGCUAACAGCAGUGAUCGCAAGAAACACAGUCACGUUCAUACUUCGGAUAAACCUUACAAUUGUCGAGUAACAGGAUGCGACAAAUCUUACACGCAUCCAAGUUCGUUGCGCAAACAUAUGAAGGUGCAUGGGAUGACGAUGGGGGAAGGUAAGACGGGUGGGGAGUACGAAAGUGAAGGUGAAGAGAGCAGCAGCAGCGGGGGUAGUUUGUCUGUGACCGGUAAUACAGAAUCACCCCAACCAGCAUCGGUUGUCCCGACAACGACGACGUCUAACAACCCGCCUUCGAGUCACCCUGUAACUCGUGGAACCGAGUUGACGGAGUGGUACGUUUGCCAACCGCCAACCGUGGCUCCUCAACAUAGUCCAUUACCAGGUCCUCCGCCUCCUCAUCAUCUCGGCCAUCAUCACUUCAAUCCUCUGAUGCAUCAUCAAGCGACCGCCUACUAAAAACAACAACCAACGUCCAAAACAGCAAAUCUAUCUAUUUCUACUUUAACUUCUAAUUCUAACACUUACGACAACUAUUUCCUAUAACUUUUCAAAUGCAUCACUAAAAACAAAUCAAUAAUCAAUAUCCAAACAGCAACAGUAUCCUUUUUACUCCUACUAUUACUAUUAUCAUUUUUCUGAUGUAUCGUCUAUUACUAACAAAAAAAAAAAACUUAAAAAUCUUAUUUCUACUUUUCCGCUUUUACUUCUGCUUCUAUUUCUAUACCAGUCCCCACUGUCAUAUCUGUUAUUAAUUAUUCUUAUACGUUAAAUCUAAAUCGAUUGGUUUGUUACGAUUUUCCUAAAAAGGAAAUUCUUUUUCUGAUCAAUUUUGCUAGACCAUUUUUUACAUUUUUCUUCUAAUGGGAUAAAUGAUUUUUCUAAAUAUACCUAGUUUUAGGAUAUUUUAUUCCAGUCUGUUAACUCUUAUUACUAUUAUUAUUACUACUAUUACUAACUAUAACUACUAUUACUCGUUAACAAGAAAUAUCGCUGAUCUUUCUCCGAUACAGCGAUAUUUCGAAUGCAACGUCGAACACGUUAAAACCAUCCAGCAAGAAAAAUGAAUGUCAGUCUGUCUCAUUGGAUUCUUCGUAUCUUUCCACUCAACGCGCCUCUUUGACGAUGAUCUUAGAUGUUGGUUGAUAUGCUACUCGUUGUUCUUACUUUUAUAUUUUAGCUUUAUAUUCUACGAUAGAAAAUAUUUUCAUCAUAUUUUUUUAUCGCAGAUUCGAAUUAAUAUAACAAAGUAUAGAUUUCUACAACGACAUUUUAUUAUUUUUCAUUCUUCUAUCUAUCGAAUGCAAAUGAAACAACGUGUGGAAAGAUAGAACAAUCUGAAAACAAAAACAAAUUCUAAUCUUUCAAUCUUUCGUUAAAUUUUUCUUUAUUACAUAUAUUUUAUUUUAUAUUUUAUUUUUUUUGUAUAAACGUAAGCAUUGCAAUUGUCUUACAACAACAACAACAACAACAAAAACGAAAUAUUUUGCCAUGCUAAGUGUCGUUGCUUAAAUAAUUUUACGAACGAAACGAAAUUUCAAUCAUUUUUAAUAAA